AUGCGGGCAGGGCAGGGCCUAAUGGUGGGCCCGAAAAAUAAUAAUAAUAAUAAUAAUAAUAAUAAUAAUAAUAAUAAUAAUAAUAAUAAUAAUAAUAAUAAUAAUAAUAAUAAUAAUAAUAAUAAUAAUAAUAAUAAUAAUAAUAAUAAUAAUAAAAACGGUCUUACAGACCUACUGCUCCGAAACCAUGUCCAACGCUAA